ACGUGAAGGCUGCGCCUUCCUCGUGUCCCCACCAGCGCCCGGCAGGUCCCUCCCAGGGCGGGCAGGAGUCCCGGGUGCAGCCUGGCGGCCCGUCGGGGAGCAGACCCCUUGGGGCUGCUCUGCGGGCAGAGAUUUAUUUUGCUGAGCUGCUGCAGUAAAUAAAAUGAUGUUCUUAAGAGUCCAAGCCGCUCCCUGUAAUCCGGCAGUGUGGGGCCGGGCCAAGGUCCAGUGAAAGCGAGGACACGCUCCCCGCCCGGUCCCCCGCCUGCAUUCGUUUGGCCAGCCCGGAAGGGCCGGGGUGUGGUCCUUGCGCACAGCAUUGUUCUGGUAGCAGUUUCGCUUUCAUUCCCCGGGAGGAACGGAACGAGCCCAUGAUCCAGGAGGGGAAGAAGGCUGGCGUUGGGUUUGUAACGCGGGCACGCACUUAAUCUUUGAUUUAAGGUAAAAGAUACCCUUCUUUCAUUUUUGGGACCCCGAGUGGUAUGAUGGGGAAAAAUAGUCCUCUCCGGCAAUACAUACUGGAUCACUCUUUGCGGGAGCAUCCAAUUCUAAAGAAGCUGCGUCUGCUCACUGCUGAUCAUCCCCGGGGCAGAAUGAUGGUGUCCUGUGAGCAGGCUCAGCUUAUGGCAAAUUUGCUCAAACUCAUUAAAGCCAAGAAAGUUAUUGAAAUAGGUGUGUUCACAGGUUAUAAUGCCUUGAGUAUGGCACUUGUCCUGCCAGAUAAUGGCCAAGUUAUUGCCUGUGAUGUAAAUGAGGACUAUGCCAAAAUUGGAAGGCCACUGUGGAAGGAGGCAGGAGUAGAGCAUAAAAUUGACUUGCGGAUUAAGCCAGCAAUUCAAACACUUGAUGAACUGUUGGCCAAUGGAGAAGUGGAAACCUUUGACUUUGCUUUCAUUGAUGCCGAUAAAGAAAGCUACAAUGAGUACUAUGAAAAAUGCUUGCGCCUCAUAAAGAAAGGGGGAAUAAUAGCUAUUGAUAAUGUCUUUUGGAAUGGAAAGGUGCUAAAACCAAGGAAGGAUGACUUGGCAGCGCAGAGCAUCCACCGCCUCAAUGAGAAGCUUCUCAGAGAUGCACGUGUCAAUAUCAGCAUGCUCCCAGUGGGAGAUGGAGUCACAUUAGCAUUCAAGUUGUAACUCGAGGAAGCCCAGCAGAUGAGACAUAUCAAUCAAAUCAUCAGGAAAAAUGGAGGUGGAACAGUAUCAAAAAUUCAAUUUAACUUAUAACUCCACUGGAUAGCAUAGCCUGGGAAAGUAGACUUCAGGAGCAGCUGGAUCCUAAGGGCAGCUAAGUAGAGAAGAGAGAUUUAUUAUGAGAUCUACUAUGGUUUCUUACUUCAGUUGUAAUAAAGGAAAUAAACUUAUGUGAAAUUGUCCUUGU